UGUGUUAGGUGAAGUUUAAAUUCAGUGUGUUUACGAUUUGUGGUGUGGAGAAGGAUAUGUAUCGCCCGUGAUAGUAAGAAACUGAUCACCAAGAGCAUGUAUUAAUUACUUGAUUGGAUAUAAUGGAUAAACCGACCAGGCUUCGAUCCCCGCUUGUUAAAAGAAAGAGCAAAAUUUUGCCCGUCAACCAAAGGGUAAAUUUAGAACGUGUUUUAGGAUUAACUCUUUCUUCAAAUGCUGGAUUAACUUGUGAUUCAAAUACUGGAACUAUCGCAUAUCCUGCUGGAUGUGUUGUGGUAUUAUUUAAUCCCAAGAGAAAGAAGCAGACUCACAUCUUUAAUUCCAGUAAAAAGACUAUAACAGCUGUAGCAUUUUCUAAAGAUGGCAAACAUUUGGUUACAGGGGAGGCCGGUCAUCUACCUGCAGUACGAGUCUGGGAUGUCGAAGAUAAAUCACAAGUUGCUGAAUUUCAUGGACAUAAUUUUCGUGUUAAUUGUGUUGCUUUUUUUCCUAACAGUAAAUACAUUGUAUCCAUUGGAUCUCAACAUGAUAAAAUGGUUAAUGUAUGGAACUGGAAAACAGGGAAUAAAGUAGCCUCUAACAAGAUAUCUUCAAAGGUUAGUGCUGUAGAUUUUAAUGAAGAAGGUGGCUGCUUUGUGACUGUUGGUCAUCGACAUGUUAAAUUCUGGUACUUAGACUGCAGUAAAUCAAAGAUAAGUGCACCUCGUCCGUUAUCUGGACGUAAUGGUAUAUUAGGUGAUCAGAAGAAUAAUUAUUUCUGUGAUGUAGCGUGUGGUCGAGGUAAACAAGCCAGUAGUACAUACUGUAUUACACAAGCUGGUUUACUCUGUGAAUUUAAUGAGAAAAGAUUAAUAGAUAAAUGGGCAGAAUUAAGAACAAAAAGUGCUAAUUGUAUAAAUGUAUCAGAAGAAUAUAUAUUUGUUGGUUGUGCCGAAGGAACAGUGAGAAUUUUUAGUUCACAAACUCUAUAUUUUUUAUCCACAAUUCCAUACCCACAUUAUCUGGGUGUGGAUGUUGCGUCAGCCAUCACACCCAGUCAUGUUGUAUGUAAUAAAGAAACUGCCAAAUAUCCCGAUGCCAUGGCCAUUGCCUUUGAUGAUCUUAACAGACAGUUAACUUGUGUAUAUAGUGAUCAUAGUUUAUACGUGUGGGAUGUUAAUGACAUUAAAAAAGUUGGAAAAGUCAGAUCUUUCUUAUAUCACAGUGCUUGUAUAUGGGGAUUAGAUGUGUAUCCUGUAUUAGAUAAUAAUAAUUCUACACUACCUCCAGGGUCAUUUUUAACUUCAUCAGGUGAUGAUACAGUUAGAGUAUGGAACAUCGAACCACAAUUACCUGAUAAUACAUUGUAUAAACGAAAUAUAUAUAGCAAUGAAUUAUUAAAGAUUGUGUAUGCGGAUCCUUCCUACGCGUUUUUAUGUGAUGGAGAAUAUAAUCAAGCCGGUUCAACAGAUAAAACUGAUACUACAUAUGAUAGUAAAAAUGGUAUAAGAUCUAUACGUGUUAGUCCCGAUGGUAAACAGUUAGCUACUGGUGAUAGGGAGGGAAACAUAAAAAUCUAUGAUAUGCAUUUUAUGGAUGAUGUACGAUCUAUAGAAGCUCAUGAUGGCGACGUUUUGUGUCUGGAAUAUCAUUAUGUACCAGGAGGACCUAAGUUACUAGCUACAGCAAGUCGAGAUAGAUUAAUACAUGUAUUUGAUGCUGAACAGAAUUAUGGUUUAAUACAAACAUUAGAUGAUCAUUCAUCAUCUAUAACAGCUGUGAAAUUUGCUUCAAGUGAUGAUAAGCUUAAAAUGUUAAGUUGUGGUGCUGAUAAAUCUAUUUUAUUCAGAAAUGCUACCAUGAGUCCAGAAUUACAGUUUAAUGUUGAUCAACAUUUAGCUAGUAAGGCUACAUUAUAUGAUAUGAUUAUAGAUCCUUCACAUAAAUUUGUAGCUACAGCAUGUCAAGAUAGAAAUGUCAGAAUCUACAGCAUAGCGAAAGCUAAACAGAAGAAGAAUUAUAAAGGAACGCAGGCUGAUGAUGGUGUUUUAUUACGAUUACAGCUUGAUCCGUCUGGUUCGUACGUGGCUACGAGUUGUACAGAUAAAUCUAUUUGUAUUGUUGAUUUCUACACAGGAGAAGUGGUAGCUACUAUGUAUGGACAUUCAGAGAUAGUCACUGGUAUCCAGUUUACUAAUGAUCUCAAACAUAUCAUAUCUGUCUCGUCAGAUGGAUGUAUAUUUAUAUGGAAAUUAUCAGCUGAUAUGACAAAACAUAUGCGAUCACGGAUGGAUGUGGUGGGAAAGAUUCCUAGAGAAACCAAAUCUUAUGAUGAUCUCAGGAGAGGAACUAAUAUACUACCUGAUGCUCUAAGUUUAAAUAUAGAUGAUCAUAUACCUGUAUUAGAUAAUCAGUUUAAAUCACCGGGCAGAGUAUUAGAUAUAAUACAAGGUACAGAUACUGUAGACAGUGGUGCAGAUAAAAUUAAUCCUAAUCUGGAUUAUAGAUUUAGUGUGGGAGAACUUCCUAACUGGGCUAAAAUUAAGAUGGGUGAUACUAUGUCUGAAACGUCUGAUUCUAGUAGUGAAGGUAACCAACCUCGAGGACGCUGGGCACAACGAGCUGAUACUAAUACAUCUGUAUACUCACAAUUAGACAAAUCUAUAGAUAACAGUAGUAGUGCUGAGGAACGAAGACGGUUCACGUCUGAAGCGAAUGCCUUACAGCAACAAAUAGCUGAUUUAAGAAGAGAGACAAUGGUUCUUAACCAGCAAACUAAUUUACAGAACAUUCCUAUAAUUGAUGAUGAUGACGUGACUAAUGUAGAUGAUGAGGAAGAGUUUUUCUCAUCUUGUAUCAAUAACAGAGACAGUAUAGAUAGUGAUCGACCUUCCUGGGAUCCUGGUGAAUGUCGAUCUCCACUGUAUUCUACAAAUUCAUUGGGUAGAAGACUGGGUGGUGUUGGUAGAAAAUGGGGAAGUCGUACGAGUUUAAACUUUGAUAAACAUUUUACGUUUGAGAUGGAAGAUAAUGAAGAUGAAUCAAGAUCUGAUACACCAGAAGUCAUUUAUUAUCCAGAAAAUGAUCUAGAUAGUGUUAAAUCAUUUGGAAGUUCUUACUCGGUGUUUAACAAGGCAAAUAAACCAGCAAGAAAAUCUGGCAUACUAGAUGAUGAUUCUGAGAGUACAGAUCCAGUAUCAUUAGAAGAUAUGGAAGAAGAGGAGGAUACUGGUGGUUUAUCUAAUCCUAGUACCCCUUCAGAACCUGAUAAAUAUUUCCUUGCAACAACUCCUGACAAGGAAAAGUUUGUGAAAGAAAAUUUUGAGAAUGUAGCUUUCACACCAGUCGCCCCAGAAAAAUUCCACAAAGCCUUGGAUCAUUUGGAAGAAGAAAUGGAUAGUAAUAUUCCUCGUCCAUUUAGUCCAAGGCUUAGCAUAUCUGCCAGAUUUCUUUCUCGUGCUCAGCAAGCUGGUCUCAGGAGUACAUUUGCUGGGAUACAAAAGCAAGAAAACUGGUAUGAUAUGGGUUGGGAUGGAGACAAUGAUUUAGAUGAUGAAAAUAAACCACCUUCACCACCAACUAAACUAGAGGCUAAUAUUCAUAACUUCUCUAAAUUUGAUGAGAAGAAAACAUCUCCUAAAUCUGUUUUAUCCACAGGCCAAGCAACUAGCCCCACCCCAAAGAGUCCACGUCGUUUUUGGCUGACGACUAAUCACUCAAAACUGCUACGUGAUGAGGGGCUCUCACUGCCCAAAAUUCCCAUCAGUAAAUACAUGCGAACACAAAUUGGUAAACCUCCUCUUCCAACUAAUUAUAAUAGUAGGCUUCCAUCCAUUAAAUCACCCCUUCCCAGGAAAAUGGUGGCCCCACAUUCACCACGGCCUCCAAGGUCACCACGGUCUCCACGACCUUCACGGAGUGCAGUAAAAACUUUUGAUGAGGAAGACGAAGAUGCCCUGUCAACAUCUUCCUCUUCAUCCAGUAUCCGUCUGCGUGGUAGUCAACCUAACCUACGCAGUGUAAGACAUGAUGAUAAGAGACGCAGUACGCCAAAUCUCCGUUCAUCUCCAGUUGAAGUGUGUAAAUCUCCAGACGGUGUAAAACGUGGUUCUGGUGGUGUGUCUUAUCUCCGCCCAACAAAAAGUUCUAAAGCCAAAAACUUAAGAUCAAGUUCUACGUCAUUACUGCCUGGAUUAGGUGCCAGCACUGAAGUUAGCCAAACAAACGGACUCUCCAAAUCAACUUCUUUGUCGAAUCUGAUUACACCCAAGGAAGAACCGCAGAAUAAUCACCAAAAACGUAAUUUACGCAAAGGAAAACUAUCUUCCUCGAAGUUAGCUCAAUAUGCUUCAACGCCAAAUUUAGCUAGUGUCGAGGAAGAUGAUGAAGAAGAACCUCCCACUAAUCUUGUUAACUUGGGUCAUUUGACCAAAAGUGUGCCGGAUGUUAAUGAUUUGGAUUCUAAUAGUACCGCAUCCUCGAACGAAAACCACACAAAUACUCUACCCACACGUAGACCUAAUUUACGGUCACGAUUAUCUGGUCUCAGAAAAGAUCGUGAUUCUGGUGGGGCCAGUAUAGAUAAACGUGUUAAUAAACGUUCAUUAAGUAUCGGUGAUAGAUUAUCAACAGACGGUCAAGGACAAGUCAGACGUUCUUUAUCACCAUCUCUCAAUCAAAAUGGCAAACCAAACAACAGCAAUGGAAUAAUGCCCCCACCUUUAUCGUCAAAUGUUAGCAGAAAGAAACAACCUGAUUCCAUUUUGAAACAUUCGAUCAAACGUCGAUCUCAAACAGAACUUACUUUAGACGAGGCAAAAGAUAUUUUAAUGGGACGAUCAAAAUCGGGUCGCGAAUAUUUUACCAAAGAUAUAAAUACAAAAAAAUUGAAUGAUAGUGUCAAUAAACCCGCAGAGAAACCGAACGACACAAACCCUAAAGUAAAUAUGAAUAAUAAUAAUAAUAAAAAUAAAGACGAUUCAGAGGAAGAACCUCUACCAAGUGUGAAAGACAGAAUAGCGAAAUAUUAUUCACAUUUAACUCCUGAUAGUAAAACUAAACCAGAAGUUGUUAAUCAUGUUUCCAACCAUACUUCCCAUAAUGUGACAUCUGUAACCAUGUUAAAUUUAAACACUAGUUCCCAUAGUCAGUCUGAUACAGGUGUGGAAUCGGAUACAGAGUGUGAAAUAAAACGACCUGAUAAAACAACUCAUCAUCCUCGAUUAUCUCUCGUCACUGUUAAUCAAGAUAUAGAUAACAGUGUAUCAUUAACAACCCCUGUAGUUUCACCAUGUUUAGACAGUACGUUAUCAUCUGUUAGAAUCAACAGAAAUAAAUUAUCUUUACCUGUAACACCAGAUUAUAAUUCACAAGAUUUCCUUUCUAAUUGUUCUGAAGCUGUAGCUGAUCUGGAGAAAGCUAUACAAAAAUUAAAACAGAUACAUGUACAGUCAUGUAAUAUUAAAGAUGAGAAGUCCAAUGAAAUAAGAGCUUUAUUAGGUCAAACAUUCCACAAAGCUCAUCAUACAUUCGCUGAUUUAUCAGCAAAAACACCAACAGGAGAAGAUAAUCCUCCAAUACCUCAAAUUAAUGUCCAAUCAGAAUCAAAUGUAACAAAAUGUACAGCGGAGAAAGAAUUAAGUGAAGAGGAUCGUGUAAUAGACAAAGCGAGUUCUUUAAUAGAACCGAUACUUCAGCAGUUAGAAUCUCGUAUCUCAACUCGAAUCUCAGAUCAAAUAGUUGAAAUGGUUAAAAAUAAAUUACAUGCCGAUCAUACGAUAGUUUGAAAUAAAUUAUAUAAUGAUUCUAAUAAUUACUGGUAGUACAAGAUAUGAAAUUAUUGUCAUUAUAAUAUUAAAUACGUUUGUGUGAUAAUGGCACAUUUUUGUCCUUGAUAAAAGAAAAACAUAUUAAUUGCACAGAAAUUUCAUAUUUUUCAAUACUGCUAUAUAGUUUUAUGAGAUAUAUUAAAGAUGUAUGUACAAUAUAAUGAUUUAUUAAUAGAAUAUUUAUUGGGAAGCUUUAUAACAGUUUAUUAUAUAUUGUAAAUGGAUUCAUUUUAUAAAUGUACUCAAAAUGUAUGAUAGUCUUGUUAUAACUUUCCAAUUGAUUGAUUUAACUAAAAGUGCUAAAAUAUAAUAUUUGUUAAAAAUUAUUGUUAAUUUGAAUUAAUGAAUGUUGCAGUAUCACAUGAUGGUUCCCCCACUGUUAUAUUAAAGCCAUUGGGAAUAAUAUAUGGUCCUGCCCCAUAAUGCUAAUGUAGUAAGUGGACUCUGACAUUCAGGGUAAAUGUAUUGUCAAAAGAAAGUAUAUAAAGUUAUAAAAUACAUAGCUCGGUUACCUACUUUUCUUCAUUCAGUGCUAUAUUUUUUCAGAUUUUUGAAGCACUAAUAAGAGCUAUUAUCUUUUUUAUCAAUUUCAUUAUAAAUGAUAAAAGGUAACUGUUUAAGAUAUUAAUAUAGGGCAUUUAUCCAUAUGGUAUUUCAAUUCUAUUUUCAUACAUAAAAAUAAAAUAUAUGUAUAUUAUAAUAUAUAAAAUAUUUAUACAGACAGGGUUUACUAAUUAGCUUCCAUAUACAUAUAUUAUAGUCUUUAGUAACAUUAUCAGUUUGGCUUUGUGUGUAGUGCAGUCCUCCUGCACUUCCUAUAAUAGCUCCCUUACUGGCUGGCAAGCAAAUAGUUCUGACUAAUGCAAAUCAGUCAAAGGGUUCUUUAUUCCUAGAGAGAUAAGACACUGUUCAGUCAUAAUCAGAAUUCAGGAAUAUGGGUGUAUAUAAAUAUGUAUUAUCACUCAAAUCAAAAUCCAAUACUUAAUAUAUAUUGCUUCCUAUCACUUAUCAACGAACAUUUGUAUAUCAAUAUUAAAUAAUUCAUUAUUUGUAUAUUUGGCAAGGUUGUAUGUAAACUAUGUACAUUUUAACAAGUGUCCAUCAUCAACAAAAAUAAUUAUAAUACAUAGUUGAGUUGUGUAUCAUGACUUUAGAAGCUAGAUUUUAUAUAUACCAAUAUACAGUUGUGUUUGUUUGUGAUAUACUACAGUUUUGUUUGUGAUUUUGUCUGAUCCAUGAUUUUUAGGAAUCAAAAUUCUAUAUGUGCUUCUAACCUAUACAUCAAGGUGCUUUUUCAUAUUCGGCAUUUAUAGAGAAAAAAGUUACCUCUUGAGAAAACGGCCACAAAAUAAAUGGAAAGAUCAAACGAAGAAAUUGUAUAUACGCCACAUGAUUUCAAAGAGGUUUACUAUUAUAAUUUAGAAGCACAUUUCAAAUUUGUAUUCUAUAGAAGCAUUGCUCAGACAGUAAUAUUGUUUAUAAAUAAGAAGUAUUUAAUUAAUAUAUAUAUUCUACCACAGUGUUCAGAUACGGAAUGAAAGAGUGCGACGAUUAAUGCCUGUAUAAAUUAUAUAUUUACUAGUUGUAUAUAUAUAUUCAGUUUUUAUUUAUCUAGGCAAUUAUUAUUAAAUUUAUGGUAGUUAGUGAUUCAUAUCCCUGUAUAAAACAUUAAUUUGUGAAAAUCUGAUCUUAGUAAAUUAUCUCCCUUGUGAGCAACUGUUGUGACUUUCCUAUUAUUAUUAAUAUAUUCCAAAAAGGACCCAGAAGCAUGUAUGACUUUCCAUUCAAAAUAGUGAAUUGUUCUUACAUAUUUGAUAUAUCAAUAUCCUAAUGAACUUAGUGAAUUAUCUCCCCUGUGAGCAACUGUUGUGAGCUUACUAUUUAUAUAUUCAAAAAAGAAGCCACAAGCAUGUUUGGGUUUCCACUCUAAAUAGUGAAUUGUUCUUACUUAUUUGAUAUUUAAUAAAUAUAUUGGAAAUAUUUUGUUAUAUCUUGAAAACUGUAAUCUAAAGAUAUUAAUACAGUCAGCUGAUCUCGGACUUCAUUUUUCGUUAGUAUACUUUUCGGUGAAGUUGGAAUCAGUGAUCUUGUAGAUAUUCUUAAAUCAAGUUGAAACUCUUGUUGAGAAAAGUGAUCUAGAUGAGAAGGUGAUAUAGAAAUUCAUAUUAAUUAAUGAUCAAAUAUUUACUGGGCUUUGAUAAGAAACCAUUUUGUGACAAUUGUUCUGCAGUUGUAUAUCUCUCGGUAUCCUUGACGACAUUUAACCCAGUUUAUUUUUUUGUAUAAAAACAUGAAAAAAUAAGUGUGAAACACGGAUAUUCUAUAUCAUUACCAGUUCAAGAAAUAUAAGAAGACCAGCUGUGUAUGUUAUCAAAUCGAGUUUCAUACUUGUAAUAUUAAUAUCUAUGGGGACUAAAAAAUAUCUUUAGAAUUACGUCUUCAAAUAUUAUAUAACAAAUCGUGUAGAUUAAUACCAUAUACACCAUGCUUGUUUAAAACCAUAUAAUAUGGCAGCCAUAUAUCUUAAUAGAAUAUAUGACCACUUCUAUAACAUUCCUAUAAUCAUUACUUAUUUAUCUUUUCUAUCAUUAAUCAGUGCCGGAAGAAUGUCCAGUAUAUGAUAACAAAUUUCCAUCCCAUAUAAGUUACCAGUUUCAAAGCUGCUGAUCGUUAUUUGCUUAUUUUACAUGGCUUUUCCAAGCCAAUAUGUAGUCAAAAUUGAUUAAUUAAUAUUAAGAAGAUAAAACGAAAAUAUUAACAGUAGAUAAUGUCCCAGCUUGGAUUUGGUCGGAUUAUAAAGAGACCAAUCAAUCAGUGACUUGUUUAUGUUAUCUGCACAGGCUGCUGAAUAUUGCAAAAUAUUCAAUUCAUCAUGUUUUUGUAAAUUUAUUGAAUGGACAUAACCAAUUUUGAACAUUUUCCAUUUUGCAAUUCAACUUUAACAAUAUUGUAGUUUGCAAGUUAUUCAAAAUCCCUCGAAUGAUGAUCAGCAGAGUUAAAAGAAAUUUUACUCAUUCGUUUACAAAAAUUAUGCUGCAUGAAUACAUUGUUUCACUAUCACUUAUUCAAAAAUUGAAUUCAUAUUUUGGUACCCAAUUUUCAAUACCAUUUUUCCCUCAUUUUAAUUCCGUUUAUUUGUAUAUUUUGCUGCUUGUUUUCAAUUACACUAAUGAUUCAAAUACUGACAUUUAAUGUGCAAUUGUUGUUUGAAAUAUCACCACCACCUGCAGGUAAAUAUGUGCAAUUUUAAUAAGUGUGUGUGGGCUUUCUUUUGCUACAUAUCAAUAUAAUAUUGUAAUAUGGGUUGAAAAACUUCCAUUUCUACAUUUCUGUAUCAAUUUUAAUUUGUAACUUUGCAGACAAAUUGUAAUGAGUGGCCGACUUAUGUGUGUUUUUUUUUAUUAUUGAAAAGACGAGUUAAUAAUUACUAUUUUGAGAAGCUAUACAUAAUAAUCAUGUAAUUUAUCUUUGUUGCUUUAGGCUUCACCAAUUUGAUUUACUGUUCUUCAUGUUCUUGAUAAAUAAAUAGCCACUUGAAUCAUGUGAAAGAUGUUUUGUUUAAAAUUACAUAACUUAAAAAUCUGGAACUAAAAACUUUUGAAAAGCAUAACCAAGUCCUUUUCCCUAAGUAAUAAAAAAGGAAAUUUUUUUACAGGUGUUCAUUAAGAACAGAAAAUCAAAUUUGUGUGGCCUCAUGUUUAAAUAGUUUAAUACCAGAGCUGUGGUUUUGUAUAGAGAUUGUGUAUGUAAUAUAAGGUUGUAUUUAUCUAGGGUAUAUAAAAUCAUAACCUGUAUAUCUAUGUGCUUCCAUAACAUUGUGAUACAUAUGUAUAUAUAACAUAAUUGAUGCAGUUCAGCCAUGUUUUUUUAUUUUGCUUUUUUUUGAUAGCAAAGAUAUUGUUGGCAAUGACAAAUUGUCAUUAUUCCUAGUUGGAAUAAAGAUUAUUUAUACUUAA